UAAUCACUUUAAUUUCUUCAAUUUUUACUUUAUCAAGGAGUAUGUGUUAAAAUAUGUAAAAACUUUUGAUUUGGAUGGAGGUAGUGUUUAUUUCAUGAAAUGAUAAUAUAGUAAUUUUAAAUCAUACAUAUGCAAACGUUAAUAACCAGGCAAGAAAGAUGAAAUCUGAAAAAUUAUUAGUAAGAGUUUAGAGAGGGAGUGUUAUAGUAGUAGCAGUAUUUGAUUUGAGUGAGAAGAUAUAGAAAAUACGUUUCUUGUCGAAUUUGUUGGAGUUGGGCCCUACUUGCGUGCGAGGCAGUAGGAGUAUAAAAAGUGCACCGCCUUGGAGCGUAAGAAAGCAUAAUAGGGACGACGGUUUCUCUCUCAACAUCCAAAAUCAAGUGAUGGCGGCGCUGUUGAGGCGACCGGCUCUCACCCUAACCCGAACCUGCUCCACUGCAUUUUCGGAGCCGUUUAGCUAUCGCGGCUAUGCGACGCGUGCACCUCCGGCGGAGCUACUUGACCAUGCCGCGCCAACCCUGGUUGCCACGCUGCCGGUCAACAUUGAGCGUCGUGUGGUCCUGUACGACGGCGUUUGCCACCUUUGUCACGCCGGAGUGAAAUGGAUCAUAAAGGCCGACAAGGAUAGGAAAAUAAGUUUCUGUUGUGUGCAAUCAAAAGCAGCUGAACCUUACUUGAGCCUAUGCAGAGUGAAGCGUAAAGACGUUCUUCGUCGCUUCCUGUUCGUUGAGGGCCCCAAUUCAUACCACCAAGGCUCUGCUGCUGCUUUAAGGGUUUGCUCAUACUUGCCCCUGCCUUACUCUGCCUUGAGUUCUCUCAUGGUUAUUCCGGCUCCGUUGAGGGAUGCUGUCUAUGACUAUGUGGCAAAGCGGCGCUAUGACUGGUACGGAAAAGGAGAUGACUGCCUGGUCCUCAACGAAAUUGAGCUGCUCGAACGCUUUGUCGACUGGGAAGAGCUUCUGGAGCGCAGCAAAUCCAAACAAGAAUGAGGCUCCUUUUGGGACAUAAUGUGAAUAUGUUGUUCUUCCACUGGACACAAUUCCACAACCUUGUGUGUGUGGUGUUUUUGGUUUGAUGUUUAGUGAAAUUUGAAACCGUCACAAGGGAGCUGAUCAUGCUAGCAUCUUCAAUAUGAUGGUUCUUGAAUUUAGAUGAAAUAAAUCAAUGUUUCUAGA